AUGGGUUCACAGAACGUUUACGAUCACAAGAAUGGAUGCUUUGAUAAGAUUAUCAUUGAUAAGGUUGAUGCAGAAAAUACAAAAUCAGAGUAUCACGGAAGGAAAUUUAAGCUACGAUUGCCAAAGGAGGUCAGAAUGAUUAAGGAGCAAGACGCAUAUCAUAAGCAACAAUCAAUAUGGCGGGGGUCACCUAUUCCGAGCACAUUUAUGACGCACGUCAGCAAGCGAUUGAAUUUGUUAUUGUCAAGAAAUUUGCUUGCGCGUCAUUACACGGUUUCAAAGACUCUGGAUAAAUCUGUCGACGACACUCGGCUUCAUAGCCUUUAUGUCUACAAUAAAAGCAGUGUUCUCACGGAUAAGGCAUUGCUUCAAACUUUACGCAAAGAGACAAUAAAUACUUGGCCCAAGGCUAACCAACUCAUCGAUGAGAUGCAGGGAAAAUUUCUUUCCUUUCUCGUGCAAACUACUCGGGCUAAACACGUGCUAGAAAUCGGCUGUUUCACGGGUUACUCGGCUUUAUGUCUUGCCAAUGGCUUGGAACAGGACGGAUCGCUCGUGACAUGCGAUAUUGAUGCUGAGACUAUGCAAUUUGCCCAGAAAUUCUUUGAACAGAGCUCGCACGCAGCUCAAAUCACCGCUUUGAAUCAGGACGGUCUCGAGUAUUUGAGUACAUUACCGCGUGACUUUCAAUGUGAUUUUAUCUUCGUUGACGCGAAUAAGCGCAAAUAUCGCGAAUAUUACGACUUUAUCAUGGAUCAUAACGUCCUUCACCCGUACGGGUUGCUAGUUUUUGACAAUACAUUAUUUCGAGGUCAUGUCGCAGCUUACGAUGCCGGAUCAUUAAGUUCAAAAGAGCACAUUGCCCGCAGCUUAGCUGAAUUUAACACUUAUGUGGCUCAAGACUCACGAACGUCACAAGUAAUAAUGCCUUUGUGGGACGGACUUACACUUGUACGCCUAGCGCGAUGA